UGUAAAUUUACUUAAAACUUUUUUUGUGCUCAUAAGUUUUUGUUAGUGUUUGUGUAUUUAAUGUGUGGCCCAAGACAACUCUUCUUCUUCCUGUGUGGCCCAAAAAUGCCAAAAGGUCUGAAACGCCCUGCCAGAUUUCUCCAUUUCCAAAGCUUAAGGGAAAGUGGCUUCCUGGAGUUCGUGACUACAAGCUCUGACUGUGUUUUGAAGGUGGGAGACUGCGGUUCUUUGUAUUCAGGAGAAUGGCCUGUGCAUUGACAGGGGAGUGAAUUGACAGCGGUGAUCCAUUUGCCCUGUGCUAACCUUGCCCAGGACCCUGGUGGCAGAGAGUUUGCAUUUGCUAGAAGUCUUCUGUGACCCAAAGUACAGACGAACAUGGAGACCCCAAAUCCACAGGACACGGGGCUUCACACAUGAAGCAGAAAGCAUAUAAAAAGAAACUUUAUUUUAAAGGCAUCUGCUUCACCAAGAACAGGGCAACUGGAUUGUUCAACCAGUUUUACAGAAUGAGGAGCAGUUUUGCAGAAAGAAAAAGCCAGUAUUAGGAUCAUCUUUGACCUGUCCAUUUGGAGAUAAUACCGACUAUUCAACUAUAGAAAGGUGGAAAGCUUUUAUUCAGAACAAUGAAUUUCAUUAAGGAGAACAGUCAAGCUCUCAUUCAAAGGAUGGGAAUGACUGUUAUAAAGCAAGUUGUAGAUGAGCUCUUUGAGCGGAAUGUUCUGAAUUUUGAAGAAGUAACCGUCAUUUGCUGCGAGAAGGUCGAGCAGGACGCUGCGAGAGGAAUCAUUCACAUGAUUUUGAAGAAGGGUGCAGAAUCCUGUAACCUCUUUCUUAAAUCCCUGGAAAAGUGGAACUAUCCUCUGUUUCAGGACUUGAAUGGACAAAGUCUUUUUCAUCAGAUGUCAGAAGAAGACUUAGAUGAUUUGGCUCAGAAUUUAAAAGAUUUAUACCAUUCCCCGGCUUUUCUGAACUUCUAUCCCCUGGGUGAAGAUAUUGACAUUAUUUUUAAUUUAAAAAGAACCUUCACAGAACCUGUUCUGUGGAGGAAGGACCAGCACCAUCACCGUCUGGAGCAGCUGACCCUGUGUGGUCUGCUGGACACUCUGCAGAGCCCCUGCAUCAUUGAAGGGGAAUCAGGCAAAGGGAAGUCCACGCUGCUACAGCGAAUCGCCAUGCUCUGGGCCUCUGGAGAGUGCAGGGCUCUCACCAAGUUCAAAUUAGUCUUCUUUCUCCGUCUGAGCAGGGCCCAGGGUGGGCUCUUUGAAACCCUGUGUGAUCAGCUUUUGGAUAUACCUGACACAAUCAAAAAGCAGACGUUUAUGGCCAUGCUGUUGAAGCUACGCCAGAGGGUUCUUUUUCUCCUGGAUGGCUACAAUGAAUUCAAGGCCCAGAACUGCCCCGAAAUCGAAGCUCUGAUAAAGGAAAACCACCGCUUCAAGAAUAUGGUCGUUGUCACCACCACCACUGAGUGCCUGAGGCACAUCAGGCAGUUUGGUGCCCUGAUUGCCGAGGUGGGGGAUAUGACAGAGGCAAGUGCCCAGGCUCUCAUCCGGGAGGUGCUGAUAACGGAGUUUGCAGAAGGCUUGGUGCUCCAGAUUCAGAAAUCCAGGUGCUUGAGGAAUCUGAUGAAGACCCCACUCUUUGUGGUCAUCACUUGUGUAAUCCAGAUGGGAGAAAGUGAGUUCCACUCUCACACACAAACAACGCUUUUCUGUACCUUCUAUGACCUGCUGAUACAUAAAAACAGGCACAAACGCAAAGGGUUUUCUGCAAAUGACUUCACUCGGAGCUUGAACCACUGUGGAGACCUAGCUCUGGAGGGCGUGUUCAACCACAGGUUUGAUUUUGAACCAAAGGACAUGUCCAGUGUGAAUGAGGAUGUCCUGCUGACAACUGGACUCCUCUGCAAAUACACAGCUCAACGGUUCAAGCCAAUGUAUAAAUUCUUUCAUAAAUCAUUCCAGGAGUACGUAGCAGGACGCAGACUCAGCAGCUUAUUGGUGUCUCAGGAGCCAGAGGAGGUGACCAAAGGGAAUGGUCAUUUGCAGAAAAUGGUUUUCAUUUCAGACAUUACAUCCAAGUAUAGUAACCUGCUCCUGUACACGUGUGGCUCAUCUGCCGAAGCUACCAGGACUGUUCUGAAACACCUUGCCGCUGUAUACCAACAUGGCAGCCUCCUUGGGCUUUCCGUCACCAAGAGGCCUCUGUGGAGGCAGGACUCUAUACAAAAUGUGAAAAACAUGACUGUGCAAAAAAUUCGGAAAGCCAUGAACAUCAAUUCCUUUACAGAGUGUGGCAUCAAUUUAUUUCAUGAGAGCAUAUCCAAAUCAGACCUGAGUGAAGAAUUUGAAGCUUUCUUUCAUGGUAAAAGCUUAUAUAUCAACUCAGAGAACAUCCCUGAUUACUUAUUUGACUUCUUCGAACACUUGCCUAAUUGUGCGAGUGCUCUGGACUUCGUUAAACUGGACUUCUAUGGGGGAGCCACGACUUCAUGGGACAAGACCACAGAGGACACGAGCGGGACCCACAAGGAAGAGUCCUCCGGAACCUACAUUCCCAGAAGGGCUGUGUCUUUGUUCUUCAACUGGAAGCAGGAGUUCAAGACUCUGGAGGUCACACUCCGGGAUUUCAGCAAGUUAAAUCAGCAAGAUAUCAAGUAUCUGGAAAAGAUAUUCAGCUCUGCUGCAAGCCUCAGACUGUCCAUCAAGAGAUGUGCAGGCAUGGCUGGAAGCCUCAGUUCGGUCCUCAGCACCUGUAAGAACAUUCAUUCCCUCGCAGUGGAAGCCAGUCCCCUCACCCUAGAAGAUGAGCAACACAUCACUUCAGUGACCAACCUGAAAACCUUGAGUAUUCACAACCUACAGACGCAACGGCUGCCAGGUGGUCUGACGGACAGCUUGGGUAACUUGAAGAACCUCGUGAAGCUUAUACUGGAUAACAUUAAGAUGAAUGAGGAAGAUGCUAUACAACUAGCGGAAGGUCUGGCAAACCUGAAGAAUAUGUGUUUACUUCAUUUGACCCACUUGUCCGACAUUGGGGAGGGGAUGGAUUACAUAGUAAAGUCUCUGUCAGCUGAACCCCGUGACCUGGAAGAAAUCCAACUAAUCUCCUGCUGCCUGUCGGCAAAUGCCGUGAAAACCCUAGCUCAGAAUCUCCACAAUUUGGCCAAACUCAGCAUUCUUGAUUUAUCUGAAAAUCACCUGGAAAAGGGUGGAAAUGAAGCCCUACGUGAACUGAUUGACAGGUUGCACGUCUUGGAACAGCUAAGUGUGCUGAGGCUGCCCUGGUGCGGAGAUGCCCGAGUCCGUCUGACCAGGCUGCUGGAACAGCUGGAGCGGGCCCCACAACUCGUCAAACUUGGGCUGAAAAACUGGCGCCUCGCAGAUGCCGAGAUGAGAAUUCUAGGUGCAUUUUUUGAAAAGAACCCUCUGAAAAACUUCCAGCAGCUGGAUUUGGCAGGAAACUGCGUGAGCAGUGAUGGAUGGCUUCCCUUCCUGGGUGUAUUUGAAAAUCUAAAGCAAUUAGUGUUUUUUGACUUCAGUACGGAAAGAUUUUUACCCGAUGCAGCACUGGUCAGAAAACUUGGCCAUGUGUUAUCUAAGUUAACUUUUCUGCAAGAAGCUAGGCUUGUUGGAUGGCAAUUUGAUGAUGAUGAUGUCAGUGUUAUUAAAGGUGCUUUUAAACUAGUAACUGAUUAAAUAAAGGGCCCCCCGAGUCCAUGAAUGCUCUGGGGACUCCAUUAC